AUGGGUUCCGGAGGAAUGCUUGGGCAAGCAAUUCUGGGGCAUGGACGGUCUCUUACAUUGUGGCUUCGCCCCCCAGCACGCGAUGAGAGUAAUGUUUCAAUCAACUGUGAGGCGAGCCAGUGGACCUUUGUAAAACUUCAGCCUGGCCAGUCCAUUUGCAUCAGCAACGAGGGUCAUGCAGCGCAUCCGAUGUCAAACGCCAUGCUGUCGACAUCCGUGCUCAUUCCGUUGAAUGCGGCAGGAGCACAAGUCGAUUUCAAGCUUGCCCGCAAUAGCGAGGUUCCUGGCAAGCCCUGCGCUGUGGAGCAGGGGUCGGCCAUUCUGCACAUGCAUCCACAGCAUUUGAUGGAGGUCUGCACGCCAAUCCGCAUCUUGCAUGUGUUAUGGCUGCAGCUGCGCUACGGAAUCGAAGACAAGUCCAUGCAGUUGGCCAGAAGUGUUCUGAGCAGUUCCCCACCAGAGUGCGCUCCUAUCUUGGUGGCGCCGCCCCCUGCAGUGCCAGAGCCUCAGAAGCCGUGUCGUGCAGGCCAGUCCCGCCUGCGGUGCCUGUCGAGGCUCCUUCUAUCGAUCCAGCCUGCGAACACGUGGUUGGCAGUCCUCACGUUUGGGAGCCCGGCGACUAGCACGACGAGGCGAGAGCUGCUCGAGCCCGUCGCAGAAAGUCUGCAAGUGAUUGUCUGCUUCGCCGCUUCGCCGCUUCGGCUGGACAAGCUCGACGAGCGCUUCCUGUCCCCUGCCCACCUAUGCGGUCAGCGCUUAAAGGCCACAGGGCAGGCGGCCAUGCAGGAAGGCGAUGAGAUUUUUGAGGCCGCAAUGGUUGCCGUGAAGCGGCACUUUGAUGCAGAGGAGUUUGAGCCUGCACUGAAGUUGAUCACAAAGGCUUAUGAGAUGAAGCCUAACGAUCCACUGGUGGUUAGCAACAUAGCACGAGUAACCUGGCCGUGCGAAUCGGGAGCUCAUGGUGCUGAGAUAGCGGAGCUCGGUCGUUUUGCCGGAGCCUGGUGCAUGAUGGCAACCAAUGUCAAGUUUCAAGAGCUCCCGGACAUGAUGCUUCCGGCAUCUUGUCAGGCAUGCCUCUGCCUGCACUACUGCCCCUGGAUGGAAGAAUGCUGUUGCUCGCAGCCGCUUCCAAUCAGUCUAGGUUUGCAGCGAUCCAGAGAGACGCAGCUACAACCUCUCUUGGUCCAAAAGACGAAGGUUGCGAAGGCAGUUCGCAAAAUGCUCUCACAUGCAUCAGCACAUCCGGUGGCUCACAGGGCAGAUUGUGCAAGUCAGGAGAGCAUGUUGACUCGAUCCAGCAAGUGGGGCGAGCUUGAGACACUACAAGCCAGGGUGCGAGCUGCAAGUCACCAUUUGGGUGCAACCGAUCCACUGAUCAGGCGCACCAACAAGGUGGUGUCCAAGGCAUCUUCUCUAAGGUAUUAUUGUAUGAAUUCAUAUGUGCAAUUGUCAAUGCAAUGCUUGCCGCGGGUCAUGGACGAGAUGAUCGGACGCCUCUACGACUUGCAAAAGCUGCCUCUAGGCCUUGGUGUUUGGGAGGAUCCUUUCCUUUCUUGGGCUCGUGAGGCAGAGGCUGUGUGGCGAGACGAGCAGCCCAGACUCGAACAGCUUGUGAGCUCGAUAAACAAGCCUUCACAUUACUGCAACAUGUGGGUUCAUACGGCGCUAAGUGCUGAUUCGAGAUUCCUGCGGGCAUUCAACAGAGCAAUGACCAACGAGCUCUUGAAGCUACCAGACGCAGGCUCUUUGUUGGCAAUGUCUAUUGGCGAAUCACUCAGUGAAGUUCAUUUGCCCUCGGUGCGCGAAGAAAUCCGCCGCCUCGCUUCAGCACUCGGAGUCCUGGAGAGCCAGUGGCUCGAGCACGCCUUGCUUCGUCAAAUCAAGGGUAGGACGAGCCUUGAGACAGCAGCUGGCCUUGGGGACAUCCGAGCUCUGUGUGCGCUGAUAUCCGCACUUCUGAACGAGGUCGUCAUCAUUCAACCAAAGGCUUGUGCCCAACUUGCAGGAGCAGUCCGGCACACGGAAGCCAUGUCGACUAUGCCGCAGACACUGCGAGCGGUGUGCGAGCUGUGCAAGCGAAUGAUGAUUAGUGAAGAGGAGGCACGUUUCCUAAGCGUUGAACUGCUGAGCAACGGGGGCCUGCGCAUCGGACUGCAGACAGUCUGGGGUCACCCCAGCGCUCAACGUGCUGUCGAUGCAAUUGGCGCCGGCGCUGUGAUAGAGAAGAAGAUGCCUCUCGGUGAGCUGCAACGGUGGCAGUCAGGAGUGGACGCCCUGAAAGAGGUGGCAGCAUUUCCAGAUCGCUGCAAAAGAGCCUUGCAUGCUUCCCAGCACUGCGCUCUGGUGCUUCGAGAUGCCAGGAAGACGGCUUUGGAAGCGGUGAGCUCGGCAGCCACCACAUCGAGCUUGCUGGACGACUUGUUGCCGAGGCACGUUGCACAGCAACUCAAAGUGGCAGAGCUGGAGCAAGAGUACACGGCCAAAAUCAAAGUCGAAGCGGAUCUGUCCAGAAAGGCCUUGCGCGGCUCGGAGGAAGAUGAGGAAGUUCUGGAAAAGUUCCAGCGGCAGAUGAGGGAGGAGAAGCAGCUGCUGAAUGAUGCCCGCCAGGUUUUUCAAGAUCUGCAGCAAAGGAUGACAUCCACCCAAUCUCAUCUUGAAGAGGCGAUUUUGCACCUCGUGAAGUCCGCGGUCCAGUGGAAAUCUGCCAGUCUGGAGGCAGGCGAGAAGGACACCGUUGCUACCACCACGACUGCUGCUUUCCAGGACUUGCUGCAUGCCUCUCUGCGUCCGCUCAAAAGGGCCUCGGUUGGUCCCCGAGCCCACCAUACACCUGCACGCUAUUCCGAUGUUCCGGCAUUGGGGAUUCAGCUUCUGGACUCCCUCGGCGAGACUGCCGACCUGGAGGUUGCACGAGAGGUGCUUGAAGCCAAUGCAUGGAACUUGGAGGCAGCGCUAAACAUCUUGACCGCGGAAUGCCAAGCAUCUUCCAGGCAAGAUGAUGCUGAAGGCUAUCGUGCUCCAAUGCGCACUGGGUACAGGGACACGCUGCUGGGUGACCCCCAACUACCAUGGUCCUUUGCAUUCGACAGUUUGAGUGCAAGUCCAGGAGUUGAGACUUCGGGUGCUUCUAAUGCCGUCGACGAUUCGGAGAUGCAGCGAGUGCUCGCUGCUUCACGCGACGAGCAGCAGCAACUGGACGACUUGCAGGAGCAAAACGCGUUGGCCUCUGCCAUCGAGGCUUCAUGGACUCAGCUGGAGGAGGAGGAGGCUCGCAAGCAUGCUCAAGCAAGCUUGCGCAGUGAAGAAGAGGGCCUCCUGGUCAAGGCCAUUGAGGCCUCCUACAGAGAGCAGACUCGUGGGGAUUCCAACUUCAGGGAGGAGUUGGAGAGAGCAUUGUCGCAGUCACAGACAAGUACCUCAGAUCCACCUCCGAGGCCUAAAUCAGCGUCCAGGUGUCCGGAGACCUUGCGCCAGCCUCAAGGCUCCAGCAAAAGCUCGCCAGCGGCCCGCGGAGCUGCCUUGAAAGGGAGCAGUUUGCUGAAGCGAGCUGGCGGAGCUAUGGCAUCCGCUUCAGGUACAAAGGAGCUCACAGCCCUGCCACAGCGACCUGACAGAUCUCGGGUUGGCAAAGGCAGCAUCCGCUCUCAGCGAACAGCGGACUCUGGGGCCACGGUUCUCAACAAUUUGAAGGGCACUUCAAGUGUUGGUGCAGCGGCUGCGGUGGCUGUGUCUCCCACUCUGGUGGCUUCGCCCCCGUCUGCUGCCAGCGGUGCAGCAGCUUGCAUGGCUGGAGCUCUCGUUCCAGGAGAGAAUGGUCAAAUGAAGGAUCGAAUCGGCUCCAUCCAGGCCGCCAAAGCUGCCGAGCGCCGACGUGAAGCACAAGCCUUUGCAGGGUCAAGCUCUGCGGAGGCCGAGGGAACAUCUGCUGUUCAAGCCCAUUGCGGGCAGCCCAACAUGAUGCAGGCGUCGCGGGAGGUGCUCUCCAGUGCGCUAGCAUCCCUCCACCGACGGCAUUUUGAGGCAAGCCCAACACAACUUAGAAGCUGCUUGAAAGCUUUGAAAGUCUACGUGGGAAACUUGGUCUUGCACUCAGCGAUUUUCGAGUGUCUGUGCAGCAUUUCAGUCUUGGAGUCUUGGAAUGUCAUAGACCUUCAGGCCUCCAGCCCGCAGGAGAUGAAGUUCCAGCGCAUCAACAAAGACAACAGGGCUUUUUGCUCUCGCGUGUCUUCCUUGCAGGGUGCAGUGGAGAUUCUGCAGGCCUGCGGUUUCAGAGAUCAGGGCGACUGCUGGGUUGUCGACCCGGCCUACAUGAAGCAGAAAGGGUCAGCGCUAUUCGAUGCUCUUGCAAAGAUUGAGGUGCUUCUUCAUCAUGUCGAAGCGCAGUCAGCCAAGGCAUAA